CCGGGUAGGAAGUUUGCACGCGGCUGAUCAGGUUUCGAAGUCUGGCAUCCCAUAAGGUCGCGUGGCUCCCAAACAAACAAAUAAAAUUGCUCCUCGAUCAAAAUAUAUGCACUUUUUAUGAUAGCCUGGUUUUCUACAUGUUAUUUAAGCGAGAGAGCAUCACAUCACACAAAUCCCUUGGGGUGAUCUCAAAUAGCAAAUACAGUUGCUCUGCGUCUAGGUCUAGGACCCGCGGUUCUGGUUCAACCUCCGAAGAUGAGCGAGAUGGAGGCGGCCUAGAAAGCGCACAACCGGACGGCCGCUCUAGUUCGCACUUCAAUCUCUGUGGUCAAGAGGCCCCGCCCCUCGCUUCCGGACGCCUGCGCAAGGGGGCACAAGUAGUUCCGGUUCCGCCGAGGCGAUCAUUGCUACAGUUCGGUCCGCGUCACGGUCGGAGGUCAUUCAGGCAAGAUGCUGCGGAAUUUGACGGCUCUUCGUCAGAUUACCCAGAGAACCAUAAGUACUGCUUCUCGCAGGCAGUUUGAAAAUAAGGUGCCAGAGAAACAAAAACUAUUUCAGGAGGAUAAUGGAAUUCCAAUACAUCUAAAGGGUGGGUUGUCUGAUGCCCUCCUGUAUAGAGCCACUAUGAUUCUGACACUUGGUGGAACAGCAUAUACCAUAUAUGAGCUGGUUAAGGCUUCAUUUCCCAAGAAGCAAGAUUGACUUCAAUUUAUUACCCCAACAGUCAAUUGAAAAAAUGGACCACUAAUCUGAGUUCUUUGGGAUCAAUAUUUAUUAACUUGUACUUAACU